GUUCGAGUCGCUGCCGCUGCUGUCGUUCUUCACUUCCGCGUUUCUUCUGCGUUAAACUACGAAAGCCUAAGGAACCGGCGCGAUGUCUCACCAAACCGGCAUCCAAGCCACAACGGAGGUGAAGGACGUCUUUGCCAAGGCACGCAACGGCGAGUACCGACUCAUUAAGGUGGUCAUUGAAAACGAACAGCUUGUGUUGGGAGCAGUCAGAUUUGCGGGCCAAAAAUGGGAGCUGGAAUGGGACAGUUCCAUCCUGCCCCUGUUGGAGGAUGACAUGCCUUCGUACGUCCUCUACCGGCUGGACAGCACCAAUAAUCAGGGCUAUGAGUGGAUCUUCUUAGCGUGGUCCCCGGAUCAUUCCCCUGUUCGCCAGAAGAUGCUGUACGCUGCUACUAGAGCCACGCUGAAAAAGGAGUUUGGUGGCAGCCAUAUAAAAGAGGAGCUCUUCGGGACAGUAAAGGAUGAUGUAUCACUAAACGGAUAUAAAAGGUACUUGGCGUCCCAGGCUGCUCCGCUCCCACUGACAGCCGCUGAGGAGGAACUGAGGCAAAUCAAACUCAACGAGGUGCAAACUGACAUCCACCUGGACACAAAGCAGCAGACUUUACAGGGUGUAGCUUUCCCCAUGCAAAGAGAUGCUAUUGAGGCUCUGGAGCAAUUCCGAAACAAAAGGAUUAACUAUGUUCAGCUUGAAAUCGAUUUUCCGAAAGAGUGCAUUAAGUUAUCCAGCACAGCUCCAACAGAGUUACGCGACCUCCCCAAACGGAUUCCUAAAGACGCAGCGCGGUACCACUUCUUCCUCUACAAACACUCGCACGAAGGAGACUACCUCGAGUCCACGGUGUUCAUAUACUCCAUGCCGGGUUACACAUGCAGCAUUCGGGAGAGGAUGUUGUACUCCAGCUGCAAAAACCCCCUCAUAGACACGGUGGAAAACAAACUGCAGAUUGAAAUUGCCAAAAAGUUGGAGAUCGAUAAUGGUGAUGAAAUCACCAGUGACUUCAUGUAUGAAGAGGUGCACCCAAAGCAGCACGCGCACAAACAAGCCUUCGCCAAACCCAAGGGUCCCACCGGGAAGAGGGGGGGUCGCAGGAUCACGCGUCCUCCGGGGGACGCCGUGGAUGACGAUUAACAUCGCUCGUGAGACGAAGUGUUUUUUUUUUUUUUUUUUUUUGUUAGAACUCCUAGUCUACCUUAAAGCCGCUAACUCGUGUCUCCAUAGACUCGCAUAUCUAUGCACGAAGGAAAACACUACACGCUAGGACACAACCUGAAUGAGCAGCUCAUUCGGGGAUCUGUGAAACAAAUGAUGACACACUAAAUGUACUUACUUCUCAUUUCUAAGAUUGAUUCGCUUCUUAAAUGCACACUAAACCUAUAGUUAACAUGAAGGAUGUUGGAAUGCAGGCGCUCAGUUCAGAGCUGGGACGUUAUUAAGUUUGAAGCAUUUAGUAUAAAGGUGCACAAAUGCGUUGUGUUUAUGGGUCUCUGGUCUUAGGCUUGUUUUUGCUCAAAAGCAAAUUGUAUUUGAGACUGAUAACACACUUUGUUUUAUUGUUGAGAUUAUUAUUUUUUUUCUGAGUUAAAAGACCCUCUGGUCAAUAAUUUAAUGAAGAUCAAACAAUUAGACCUGCUUUCUCAUUUUAGAUCAAUAGCUACGUUUACAUGGACGAUAAUCUGAUAACAUGUGCUCAAAGCAUUAAAUCAUAAUAUAACUUUUUUGACAUGCACAAAGUGGUUCUGCCUGCUGUGAGGCAUUUGAUCUUUUCGAAAUAUAACAGAAAAAGGUAAAAGAAGUAUGUUAGGUUAGACUUCCUAUGGUUUCCGAAGAAAUCCUGCAUUCUGCGUUUUUUAUUUGUUGCAAGAAUUCAGUCUCAUCUACAGUAUGAUUGAUUAGAUGCUUUACUACGUGUGACGUGUAGGUUAACCAGUGCUCCAUUCUCAGCCAGAGACCCAGGGGACGAAAGUGUGAAAUAAAGACUAAUGUGCCUGUUUUCACCCAUCAGCAACGGAAGCAAAAUUUCCUUCAUAGAAGCCCAUCAUGGUACAUAAUGAAAGAAUCGAUUUCCUCCGAGACAGAAAUGAUCAGCCCAAGUGUUUACUUGUUGAAUGGAUAAUCUCACAUCCCUCUCAAUGCUGUUUGGGGAAACCCGCUCAGACUGGGGUGUCUUUAAUUGAAUUAUGCUAUUAUUCCCACUAUUUUUGCAAUAUUAGGGACCAUGUACAGUACAGUACACGCACCUUGUGCAUUUGUCAAAAUACGAAACACUAUCAAUUAAUAUGAAAAUCAUAUUACUAUCAUACUAUCAAUUAUGAAAAUGAUGUCCUGGUAUUUGAGCUGAGCUAAGCAGCAUUCUUCCAUUAAAGUCAGUUUAUUUAAAAAAAAGGAGUUUUAUGAAGUACAAAAAACAUAAUGAAGAAAUCAUUUUAUAAAUGUAGGAAUGAAUAAAAUUCUAUUUUAUUACACACUUUAAUAACACAAAGGGGAAAUUUUCUAAAUAACUGAAUGUCUUUUCAAAUUAGUUUAAGUGACAAAGAAGCUUGUUGAAAUUGUAUUUUUCUAAACCUAAUCAUGUGAACAUGUCCAGAUCAUGCUGUCCUUUGGCGUCCUCUUUUUCUUUCCUAAAUAACGUUUAAGAAACACUCCAAGACACAUAUUACUGUGCAAAGGUCUUAAGCCUUCCCCACAUUUCUCAAUAUUUCUGACCCUUUUGUAUUUUCCAUGUACUUUUGAGGAAUAGACUUUUUUGGCACUCAUUUUCGGUCCUGUAUCUGACCAGUACAGAGGACUGUUUUUAGUGGUUAAGCCACACAGUGGUCUGUGAAUCAUUCAAGCCUUAACAAACAUCUUAACUCAACUUAAGGCAUGACCCAGCGAGAAACUGGUGCAGAUGAUCAGGCCAGUGAUUAUUAAACUGGUGGUGCUGAAUGCAGUGAGUGGUUGGAACAGACGAGGGGGAAAACGAGGUUGCUGCUAAGGACGUCACAUAAACAACAAAUUCUUUUAAUUGUAUUUUUAGGCAUUUUGCAACCUUUCACAGUGAAACAUUUGUUUCCAUUUCUUCAAUUUAUUCUACAUUAUUUUAUUUAAUUUUAGAUGAAGAUUUUGGAUAGUACUCCUUGUCCAUAUAACGUAUACUUGGACUUUGUUUAGCAUGUCUAUGAAGAACUAUGACCAUUAAAACCUCUUAAAUGAAGGGAUUGCAAAUGUAGACUCCAGAACAGAGCUCCAUCUACUGAAUAGGUACAUAGAUACACUAAACCACUAUUGUUUUUGUACUAGUGUGGUACGGAGCUUCGUUUAAACACAACGGUGGUGCGUUAUGUCACUUCUCAAAUGUCUUUU